UGGCAUUUUACGCGAUAUAGGCCUGCAGUCACAUUGUAGUCCAUCCAUCGAAAUUCUCAAUAAAAUCAAAAUAAUCAAAGAAAACAUUAAAAAAUAGGUCGUCGAACGCUUUAAAUAAUGAAUGUGAGCUUCAGUCCACCAUGCCCACACUCAGAGACUAACCACAAGGGAGUGGAUAAGGAACAACGGCUACCACCUGAAACUUCCGAUUCGGACAACGAUUUGGAACGCGAGGAGAAUAUGCUAAAAUGUCACGAUGAGCUCUUUAGUUAUUCGCUUAACUCGCUGGCCAAGCGGGAUGAAUACCUGGAGGAAGAUGCCACUGGAUCGGGCACUGGACUGGUGGGCUUGCAGAAUUUGGCCAACACUUGUUACAUGAACUCAGCUUUGCAGGCUUUGAGCAAUCUAAAUCCAAUGACGCACUAUUUCAUCAAUUGCGGCGAUUUGGUAGAGCAUAUAGCCGAUCAGAGUUCGAGUCGUUGUAAGCCAGUGGGUUUGGCCAAAAAUUAUCAAAGGCUAAUGCAGGAUAUUUGGUUAAAUAUUGAUGAUCCCAAAGAAUUUAUUGCACCCCGGGGUAUACUUUAUGGCAUACGUUCGGUUCAUCCCAUGUUCCGAGGCUAUCAGCAGCAUGAUACCCAGGAGUUUUUGCGUUGCUUUAUGGAUCAAUUGCAUGAGGAGCUAACGGAGCAGAUUCAACAACAUCAACUCAAAACGGAGGAGAAGUCGGAUGCAAAUGAGGAGGAUGGUGACCACGUAUCGGCCACCCUUCAUACACCGACAGCCUCUGAAAGCGAGUAUGAUACUUGUGAGAGCAGCAUGUCUGAAACAUCGGGUGAGGUGCUUAUGAAAACUGAAUACUUUAUGGCUCCCAAAAUACGAAGUCAUAAGAAUUCCACCAGUCAAUCGAUGCCCCCAGCAGCAGCAGCAGCAGCGUCCCCCACCGUGGAGUCGUCCCGUUCGAUCAUCAGUGAUGUUUUCGAUGGCAAAUUAUUGUCUUCGGUGCAAUGUUUAACCUGUGAUCGCAUAUCUACGCGAGAGGAAACAUUCCAGGAUCUUUCCUUGCCCAUCCCGACUAGGGAUUUCCUUAAUGUCUUGCAUCAGACACACAGUCUUAGUGUUCAGAGUUUAAAUGCCACCGAUGCCAAUGAGGGUUGGAUAUCUUGGAUGUGGGGUCUGUUACGGUCAUGGCUCUAUGGGCCAUCGGUGACUUUAUACGAUUGCAUGGCCAGUUUCUUUAGUGCCGAUGAGCUUAAGGGAGAUAAUAUGUAUAGUUGCGAGAAAUGCAACAAAUUGCGAACGGGCAUUAAAUACUCCCGUGUCCUUAAUCUUCCUGAAGUUCUGUGUAUUCACUUGAAACGCUUCCGACACGAUUUAUCGUAUAGUUCAAAAAUAUCGUCUCAUGUCUAUUUCCCUCUCGAGGGAUUCGAUAUGCAUCCUUAUGUCGAUAAAAAUUGCCAAAGUCAAGUCUAUUCGUAUAAUCUGUCAUCGGUGAUUUGUCACCAUGGUACUGUGGGUGGUGGCCAUUAUACUUGCUAUGCUCGUAAUUCACUUAACGGUCGUUGGUACGAAUUCGAUGAUCAAUUUGUCACCGAGGUGUUACCCGAGGUUGUUCAAAAUUGCCAGGCUUAUGUUUUAUUCUAUCAAAAGCAUAAUCCCCAAAUGAAACUGGUACGUGAAGAGGCUCUUAGUUUAUCCUCCAUGUAUCCCUUAUGCCAUUCCGAUAUACAAUUUUAUGUCACACGAAAGUGGCUAACCAGAUUGGCCACAUUUUCCGAACCGGGACCCAUUAAUAAUCGAGAGAUCCUGUGCCCUCAUGGUGGUAUCCUACAUUCCAAAGCCGAUUUAAUUAGUCAGAUUGCAGUGCCAAUUUCCCAACCGUUGUGGGAUUAUCUUUUUAAGAUAUUUGGUGGCGGUCCCGCUGUGAAUAUACUAUUCCAGUGCGAGGCUUGCAAAAGGGUAGCCGAGUGUUUGGCCAGGCGCCAACUUUAUGAACUGAAUGAGUUUACCAAAUAUAAUGGCUUGCAAAGUGAACAUUUGGAUUCAUCGGCCAUUUAUGCCAUUGCCAUGCCUUGGUUGCGUUCGUGGCAGCAAUUUUCGCGUGGCAAAACCCAAAAGGAGCCAGGACCUAUUACAAAUGAGGGAAUUGCCCAUCCCAGCGAUAGUACCACUUCCACCAUCAGUUGUGUACGUACGGGUGCCGACUAUGCGCAAUUGAAUGCCAGACUAUGGCAUUUCCUGCAUGGUAUCUAUGGAGGAGGUCCUGAAAUAUUGCUGCGACGAGCAUUAUCCGAUGACGACGAAGCUGAUGAAAUCGAGAUAAUUGAUCAGGAUGAUGAAACUGAUGAACCUGAACUCGAUACGGAGGUAGAUGUGGACGAAGAACUUCAUAAUACUAUCAAUCAUUCGGAUACUGAAAGUACUGUGGGUCGUCACUUUAGUCCAAGCACCAGUCCGAGUCCCGUUGAGCUCCCAGCCACUAGUCCAUUAAAAACAAAACGCAACAGAUCCAAUCUCAAGGUCUCGGCAUUACGUUUAAAUAUGCGCAAGCGUGGAAGACGUAAUCGAAAUGCCUUUAAACAGCAUGCCGAAAUGUAUGGAGCUGAAGGAAACUAUCAUGCUCAUGAUCCACCGAUGCCGGCUGAUGGUUCUGUUGCCAAUGCUGUUGAACAGCGUAUUGCAUUUGAUCAUUCUAUAACUAGACCAUUCCAAAAGGACAAUUUCCAAGUCAAUGGACGCCGUGAGAAAAUUUCCCGUGACAAAUCUCGCAGCAUUAGCGCCACCACCAACAAUAAUAACAAAGAAAAUGUCACAUUGCAAAAGUUCGUCACAUUACGCGAAUCGAAUGGGGUUAAUGACGAGACUGAUAUUUGAUCGAAAGCUAAAAAUCAUAAGCGAAUCAGGCCAAAAUCAAAAAAAAAGUUAAAAAGCCAGUAAAAAACGAGAAAGAAAAUUACAAAAAAAUUUCAAAUUUGCGGGUUCAUUCAUACCUCAGUGUUUGAUUGGGGUGGAGGCUAUCAAUCAAUAUAUUACUUAACUAUAGUGACAAAUUGUGUAUAAAAAGAAAAGAAAGAAUGAAACGAAGAAACAAAAGAAAAAAAAAAGAGAAGAAAAACUGUAUUUAUAAAUAGAAAUUACCAUAAUUGUAUCUUAACGGCUAAAGCACAUCUACACCAAACUUAGCAAGUUCCAAUAGAUAUAUAUACAUAUAUAUAUAUAUAUAUAUAUAUAUAUAUAUAAACCUGUCACAAUAUAAAAAUGGAACCCAACUUGUACAUAAUGUAAUAAUUUUAGAAUGAUAAAAAAAUGUAUGUAAAUUAAAAAACAAAAUAUUUCAAUGUGAAACUGGAAAAGGGCACACAAUGCCAAGUACAGGAUAUGUUCUGGUUAAUGAUGUGAUUAAAAUGGAAACGGAAAAGCAA